AUGACUGCGCCUAUCGAGGUUCAGAAGCUGUCCGAGGCAAAAGUGCCUGAUGAAGAGGUGCAAUAUGCUUCCGAGAGCGAUCGUGAGAGUGGGAAGGGCGAUGUUAAGCCAUGGUGGAGGGGCGGAACUAUGACAGCGGAGAGGAGGCUGCUGUGGAAGCUUGAUCUAUAUAUUCUGAGCUGGGCAUGCUUUGGCUACUUUAUUCGGCUUCUCGACACCACCAACAUGACUAAUGCAUAUGUCUCCGGCAUGAAGGAAGACCUCAAUCUCACUGGCGACGAGUAUAAUUACUUCACCACCUUCUGGACCAUCGGCUACACCAUUGGCAUGAUCCCCAGUCAAUAUAUCAUCACCUAUGUUAGGCCAUCGUAUUAUCUUCCCGCUUGCGAGGUUUGUUGGGCCAUCAUCACGUUCUGCUUUGCCGCGGUCAGUAAUGCGAAGCAAGUCUAUGCCAUGCGCUUCCUCAUCGGGUUGAUCGAGUCGCCGUUCUACAUCGGCGCGAUGACGCUACUUGGCAACUGGUACACGCCAAAGGAGCUAGCGAAGCGAGCAAGUAUCUUCUACUCGGCCUCUUUCGCAGCGAAUAUGUUCUCCGGGUACCUGCAGGCUGGCGUCUACAAUGGUAUGAAUGGCCUCCACGGACUUGCCGGAUGGAGAUGGCUCUUCAUCAUGUGUGGCAUCAUCACUGUCCCAGGCUCACUCUAUGGCUUCUUUGCCGUGCCCGACUCGCCAUACAACACCAAGGCUCGCUACCUUAGCGAGGAGGAAAGGGAGCUUGCACAGUCAAGAAUGACAAGAAUUGGCCGGAAGCCGUUCUCUGGCGCUACUUUUACAACUUUCAAAACCAUGGCGAUGCGGCCCUUCGUCUGGCUUUUUGUGGUGAACUACAUCUUCUUCUGCUUGGAUACUUAUCCGCUUGCUUUCUUCGCUAUCUACCUCAAGGCGCUCAAGACAUACUCGGUCUCGCAAGUCAACAUCAUCCCUACAUCUGCCCACGCAGCCGGUUUGGUCUUCACCAUCUUCUAUGGCUUCUUGUCAGAUGGUCUGCGAAACCGAACCUUCGUGGCCUUCUUCAUCUGCAUCGUCGGCACUGUAUCUUGCGCCGUCCUUGCUGCCGCACCGAGCCAAGGGGCAAUCUUCUAUGGAUAUAUCAGCAUGGCCACGACACUUGCGUACGGUCCGAUCAUGAUUUCGUAUCUUAAUGAGACGUUCUCCGCCCUGCCAGAAGAACGCGCACUCAUCCUAGGUUGCGCACAAGCAAUCGGCGCUGCCUUUAACGCCUGGGUACCGAUUCUGAUCUUCAAUACGGGCACUAUGGCACCGAAGUUCCAUCUUGGCUAUUCGAUCAUCGCUGGGAUGGCUGGCGCGCAGACUCUGGGUGUCAUCGGGCUCAAGUUCCUUGGCAGGGGCAUUCGCAAGGAGACGGGUCUCGAAAAGUGA